UCAAACCCAAACCCCCCAAAACCCCUCUCAGUCUCUCACACACGCUAGUGGUUAGACACUACCAUGGCGUCACUUAAGCUUCUCCUCUCCCAAGCUCGCCGCCACUGCCUCACCAAACACCCUUCCCAUUUCCACUCCCCCCUUUCUCAUUCCCUCAUCUCUCACAACAGAUCCUUUUCUUCUUCCCAAUCUAACCCUCCAACCACACCCUUCGAAUCCAUUCCAAUCGACCCCGUUUCCUACCCCGUCAAACCCAAUGCCCCGCCGCCACCAGAGCCCCAACCCUCCUCCGACGCCCAAUCUCUCACUCAACCUCCUCCUACACCAGCGGAUGUUCCCGAACAGCCGCGAGCAUGGACUCGCGAAGAUAUUCGGUACGUGAAGGACGCGCCGUCUAUAACGCCGGUGUCAUACCCUGUGCGGGUGGCUCCACUCCCCGACGAUAAUGCCGGCCAGGCGAAGAAUGAGGAACUGGAGAAGGAGAGGAAGCGAAUUGAGGCGGAGGAUCAGAUUAGGAAGAAGAUUAUUAAAGCUACGGAAGAUGAAAAGAUGAAGGUGCCUUUUCCUUUGUUGAUAAAGCCCAAGCAAAAGGAGAAGCCACCUCUUUAUGAUUUGACAGAGGCCAUUCGCCAAGUUAAGGCCAAUGCCAAGGCAAAGUUUGAUGAAACUGUUGAAGCACAUGUAAGAUUGGGCAUUGAUUCAAAGCGAACAGAACUGGCAGUUCGUGGUACUGUAAUUCUGCCUCACGGGGCUCCUAAGGCCGUCAGUGUGGCUGUUUUUGCAGAAGGGACAGAGGCAGAGGAAGCGAAAGCUGCAGGAGCUGAUAUAGUUGGUGGUAAAGAGCUUAUUGAGGAGAUUGCAAGUGGUAAUAAUAAGCUCAAAGUUGACAAGUGCUUCUCCACUCCUGGAAUGGCACCUCAUCUUGGAAAGAUAGCACAAUAUCUCAGAAAGCGCAGACUGAUGCCUGACAAGAAACUAGGUACUCUGACUAGUGAUAUUGCAGGGCAGUUGAAAGAGCUAAGACAGGGUCGUAUUGAGUUUAAAAUGGAAAGUAAAUCAAUUUUGCAUGUGGGAGUUGGAAAGGUAAGCUACAAAGAAGAGUCUUUACGGGAGAAUAUUGGUGCAUUUAUGAAUGCUGUAUUACAAGCAAAACCUGCUGGCUUGAAGAAGACUUCUAAAUAUGCUGGGUAUGUGUUGUCUGUCCAUAUAUGCAGCACGAUUGGCCCAGGGGUACCAGUAUCAAUACAAUCGUUAUCCAAAGCAGCAGAUAACUAUAAGAAAGCACAUCUGGUAUGAAUCGUGUGGAUUGGAUAUGGCUUUCGACAUGAAGCUGAAUUUUGAUGAAUCAUAUGUUGCUUUAGUUUUUGUCCAUUACCAUUGAUUUUCUAAGGUUUGUUCUGUGAUAUAGGUGGCAAUAAGUAAUUGGAAUAUUUAAUAUCUUUUGUAUGAGCUUGAUGAACUUUUUGGUGGUCUUCCAUGUUUCAUGUUCCUCAUUGCAGCACUGAAAAAUAUUGCUUACUUAAUUUAUUCUUAGUAAUACCGAGCUAACCCCUUUAUUUUGUGAUUUAA